AUGGCAGAUGGCGAUAAUUUUCAAGAACAACAACAAAAUCGCGCUCAACGUCGCCUGUUAUUCGAUGGAUUUAACUUUCAGGCUACUAACGGCGGUGUAAAUGAUGCUUCCACAAGGCAUCAGUUGAAUAAUCCAAGACAUUCGCCAGAUUUAAUCACAGAUAAAAUGUAUACAUCACCACCAGAAGAAAAAUUACAAAUCAAUAAUGCUGAACAAGAUUUAAGUCGUUUCGCUAUUAGCGAGAAUUCUAAUUCUUUUCCUCAAUCUCAACAGUCAUGUAUUAUUCAAUUACAAAAUGCCAAAAAUCUCCUACAUUCGAUGAGUCGGACAAAUACCGGUCUGUAUCAACAACAGCAACAAUCAACGGUAGCCAAUAUUGACAACAAUAAUGCAGAGAAUCAAUUGAGAAAUAAUGAGGAUUUGUCUGUGACUCAACGUAAUGGUCAAAUUUUAAUGAUCGAUAAUCCUGAAUUAUCCUAUUACAAGUCGGCUCUGGAGAGUGAACGUGCUCGUCGAAGUCAUUCUGAAAAACUGAUCGAAUCACAACGUUUAAAAUUGUUAGAAUAUGAAGAAAAUCUUUUACAAAUAAAAUCGUCCGAUAUGAAAAAGACAUUGUGUAUGCAACAAUUAGAACAGAUGAUACCGAAUAUAGUUGAUGAAUGGAAACAAAAAGAACUUGAAUAUCAAAAACAACUUCAACAACGAGAUCAACGAUUUACAAAAGUUAAACAUGAAAAAGAUCAACAAUUUCAAGAAAAUCAGUUAUUACACACUCAGUUGAAAGAUAAGAGUGAACAAAUUCAACAAAUGAUAAAAGAUCGAGAGAGAUGGAAAAGUGAAGCUGAUCAGAAACAGAAGGAUUUGAGCCAUAUACAACAAAAAUUACACCAGCAAGAAACAACAAAUCAACAAUUGAAAUUUGAAUACGAACAAGUAUAUCUAUCUAUCUAUCUAUCUAUCUAUGCUUGGUUGUUGUUUUUUUGUCAGAUGGACGAUGAAUUAAAACGUGAAAUAUCAAAAUUACAACGAACAAUCGAACACAAUGAACAAGAUUUAGAAGAAAAACGUGUAAAAUUAGAAAAUGUUCAAAAAGAGUCCACUCGUGUUCUAACAGAACAUCAAACAAAAAUAAAACAAAUUGAACUUGAACUUGAUGAACAACGACGUGAUAAUGUAUAA